CCUUCCUCUCUGGUGAUGACGCUAUGACGCCAGUAAGCCACAGAGCCGCCGUCGCCUGGUCGCUCUACCGGGAAUGGAUUUAGAAGAAGCUUUUCAAGUUGUCGGAGAGUUUGGACCCUACCAGAAGCGGACGGUGGCUGCUCUUGCUCUGACACAGGUGUACAUGGCCUGUCAGGCCAUGCUGAUCGUUCUGGUUGGAUCUACGCCAGAGUACCGCAUCGAGCAGCAGGACGGUGUCCCAUCAAGCACGCAGGAGCUCCUCCAGCAACACGUCACCUUUACAGAGGACAUCGACUCCAUAGUGACGGAGUGGUUUCUUAUCAAGCAGCAGGCCUAUAAGGUCAGUCUCGCUGGAUCUCUGUUCUUCGCCGGGCUUCUUAUCGGGAACAUCGUCCUUGGGCCUCUCUCCGACAGGAUUGGCAGGAGACCUGUUUACUUGACAGGUCUGUUUUUUGAGAUUAUCUUCGGUUAUGUGACCGCCUUUGCACCCAGCUAUGAGGUCUUCGCCGUGUCUCGUCUCCUGGUGGGGAUAAUGAACGGCGGCAUCGGCCUCGUCUGCUUCGUUCUCACUCAGGAGUAUGUGGGCAAGCCCUACUGGGCCAUGACUGGGACGUUGGCCAGCAUGGCUUUUGCGGUCGGCAUCGCUCUGUUUGGAGCUCUGGGCUACUUUAUCCGGCCGUGGAGGAGCCUGGCCACGGUGGCCAACUCGUCCGGUAUCCUAAUGUUCCUGUUGUCUUUAACUCUUCCAGAGUCUCCUCGUUGGCUGUAUUCUCAGGGUCAUACGGAGCAAGCUGAAGAGGUUCUGCGCUACAUGGCGGUGAGGAACGGCAACGUGGCCAACAACCUGAGGUUGAAACGUGUCCGUGCUGCUAAAGCCGGUAACCGGGGUGCGGGUGUCCUGCAGCUGGUGAUCCAUCCAGUCCUCCGUCUGAGGACUAUGGUGCUCAUGUAUGUCUGGUAUGCAUGCAGUCUGCUGUACUACGGUCUGACUCUGGGGGCCAGCGAGACGUCUGGAAGCCGUUUUGUUAACGUAGCCAUGUACGGCCUGGUGGAGCUGCCCGCCUACCCGCUCUGUAUAUACUUCAUAAACAAACACUGGGCUGGGAGGAGGAAAAGCAUGGCCAGUUUCCUGUGUCUGGCUGGCUCCGCCUGCUUCUGCACAAUGUUCAUUCCGGAAAACACAGGGACGUUGCUGAGCGUUACGUCGUUGGCGCUUCUGGGAAAACUGAUGGUCAGUGCAGCGUUCAACAUUGCCUACGUCUACACCUCUGAACUCUACCCAACAGUUAUCAGGAACGCUGGUCUGGGAGUUUGUUCCAUGUCGUGCAGAGUUGGAGGGAUCCUUGCCCCGUUUGUUCCUUCCAUGCGGGCUUUCCACACCUCCAUGCCUUUCACUGUGUUCUGUCUGAGCGGUUUGUCUGCAGGCUGCCUCGGCCUCCUGCUGCCUGAAACCCUCAACGGACCUUCAGCAGAAACUCUGGAGGAGCUCAGCAGCUCCAACCACAGCCGAGUGCUGGAGAGCAAGGCUCUUUUGUAUGAAGAUAACAAAUGGAAAUCAAACCAAAAAUGAAGCCAGCAGUCUCCAGUCUUCACUGGAGCAGCUCAGAGCAGCGAUAAAGAUUGUCCACACCUCAUUCCUUAUGAAACUUCUGCCUCAGAAAAACGGUGAACCUUCCCUUUUUAAUUAACUUGAAGGAUUGAUCACCAUGUUUAUGUCUGUGAACUAUGACAUUUCAAACGUGGGCAGGGACGGAGAAUGCUCUGCCUUCAGGAAGAGGGCGUUACCGACUGACUCGACGGUUCCUCUUGUAUGUGGUUUUACAGAAAAGCCCAACGGUCGGUCCCCUGCCUUUUUAUGUAAUUUCCUGAAUAUUGUCAUGGUGGUGUUUUGUGCCUUAUUUGGAGGUCGACAGCUGAGAGAGACAUAUGUGACUUACAUUACAUUCCAGAAGUAGGGCUGCUAAACAAUUUUUUACAUUUUAAAGUUAAAUGCAUCAAUCUGUUGCUCUUUGAGAGCAAAAUUAAGAGGUUAGAUCUAUGAAGAUUUUUGUCCUCUGAUAAACAAUUUAAUCAUAAACAAAUUGGUUGUAAAUAUAUGAUUGGUGAUGACAGAGCAAAAAAGUCACAUCUACAAAGCAUCGUAAACGAGACGGGGUCUGUGUUUCAAGACGGGUCGGGUGGGUUGCCGACAUCGCUGCAGACCCCUGACGCUCUCCGUCUCUCUCUGCAGGGAGAGAGGGCACAGUGAGCACUAAGCGGCGAGGUCCGAGCGAGGGGUGUUGUAA